GGAGGGAGCGAGCGAGCGAGUGAGCGAAGGCAGCCGCCGAGUCGAGCCGAGCCGAGCCGAGCCGAGCGUCGCGAGAGACCCGCAAGUUUUCCCCGCGCGCGUCGGCGAGAAGCUCCUGAACAUACAGCACCUCUCAGUAAAUUUGUGCAACUUGCUGCUUGUCUGAAAGCUCUUUGCCAGAGAAGAGAAGGUACUGACUUCAAAAGGAAGAAAUGAACUCUACGACAAUCCCCAUCCAGACGGAGAUGGUAGACCUGGUGCCAAAUGGAAAACACUCAAUAUUAAAUGCCUCUUCCAUCCCCUCUAUGGGAAAUGACAGAUUUGAUGAGAACCAGGCAAAUGUACCGGAGAUGGAGGAGUUUCUUCCACAUAGUGCUGAAAAAAAGCAGACCCAUUUCACAGAUUUUGAAGGGAAGACUUCUUUUGGGAUGUCUGUUUUCAAUCUCAGCAAUGCCAUCAUGGGCAGUGGAAUCCUUGGGCUGGCAUAUGCUAUGGCCAACACUGGCAUCCUCCUCUUUCUAUUCCUCUUGACUACUGUAGCUCUCUUGUCCAGCUAUUCUAUACACUUGUUGCUUAAAUCCUCAGGGAUUGUUGGAAUCCGAGCCUAUGAGCAACUGGGCUACAGGGCCUUUGGGACACCAGGGAAAUUGGCAGCUGCCAUUGCUAUAACACUACAAAACAUUGGAGCAAUGUCAAGCUACUUAUACAUUGUGAAGUCUGAACUGCCUCUCGUCAUCCAGACCUUCCUCAACCUGGAAGAGAAAACAACGGACUGGUAUCUAAAUGGAAAUUACCUGGUAAUCCUGGUCACGAUCACCAUUAUCCUUCCCCUGGCCCUCAUGAAACAACUUGGUUAUCUUGGUUAUGCCAGUGGGUUUUCUCUCAGCUGCAUGGUCUUCUUCCUUAUUUCAGUCAUUUACAAAAAGUUCCAGAUUCCUUGUCCACUUCCUGAGCGGAUCAACACCACAGGCAACCUGAAUUAUACCUUGGUUAGCACGAGCAGCUAUCAAAAUGAACAUACUACAAUCCAGGCUACAGAGGAAGACGUCUGCUCUUCAAACUUGUUCAUGCUCAACUCUCAGACAGCCUACACUAUUCCUAUCAUGGCAUUUGCUUUUGUAUGUCAUCCUGAGGUCCUUCCUAUCUACACUGAGUUGAAAAACCCAUCCAAGAAGAAGAUGCAGUGUAUCUCCAACAUUUCCAUCACAGUCAUGUACAUUAUGUACUUCCUGGCUGCCCUAUUUGGCUAUCUCACAUUCUAUGGGCGGGUAGAAUCAGAACUGCUGCACACCUACAGCAGAGUAGACUCAUUUGAUGUGCUGAUCCUGUGUGUGCGGGUAGCUGUGUUGACUGCUGUGACACUAACGGUGCCCAUUGUUCUCUUCCCGGUGCGCCGUGCAAUCCAGCAGAUGCUCUUUCCAGACAAGGAUUUCAGCUGGGUUCGGCACAUUAUAAUUGCUUUUGUGCUGCUGAAAUCUAUUAAUUUGCUUGUUAUUUUUGCUCCCUCCAUCUUGGGGAUCUUUGGCUUGAUUGGUGCCACCUCAGCUCCCUGCCUGAUAUUCAUCUUUCCAGCAAUAUUCUACAUUCGGAUCAUGCCCAAGGACAAGGAACCUAUGAAAUCCCUUCCCAAGAUCCUGGCAGCCCUCUUUGCAUGCCUCGGUGUGCUCUUCAUGACCAUGAGCCUCAGCUUCAUUAUCAUCGACUGGGUAUCAGGUGGCAUAAAGAGUGGAGGCAGCCACUAGGCAAGAUCUGGAGCCCUAUGAUGCACAACAAAGCCUUGGGAAACUCAAAUGGCUUGGAUCCAUUUCCUGCCCCUGAUCUCUGUUAGUACUGUAUAAUUCUUUCAUCCCUGGUUCCAUUCUGAGCCAAGGGGUGCUAUUCCAUUACAAAAUCUUCACACUCACACUGAGCCAGAGGUGCUGCAGGCUGGACUAGACUAGAAGCCAAUCUCUAGCUCUCUGGGCAUUGGAUUUUCUCUCAAAGUCUGGGAUGGGCCAGACUAACUCUAAUGAGCAUAUAAACUGGAGAAAUAGCCCAUUUCAAGGGAUAGGGAGGGGAGAGGCUGCUAUGAUAUAUCGUAUAUGUCCAGUCCUAGGUGUCCAGUUCAGCUGGCCCACACUGAGGGGACUCAAAAGUCAGCAGGGCCAGAAGAAAAUCGAGCCACUGUGCUAAAGAACUUGGAUGUAGGGCUCUCACCUCAUGUUCACAACUGAAUGGUUGACUUGGGCCAAACUUUAUAUUAGAUGAAUAUUACCUUGGGGCUACAGAAUGAAAGAUGAAGGCUUUUCAGAGCUUGAAGAGAUUUAGGAAAGAAACAAUGUGCUUUCCUUUUAAAAAGUCCUAUUGGCUACAAUCCCAGCUCCAACCACAGAUCCUUAAUCCUCCUCAGAUGUCACUUGGCAGCCCUAACCUUUUCCUCUCCCUUACACUGGCUCAGUUCCCUUGGCUAGAGUGUGGGCAGCUGUCUGCCCUCUAUAAUGAACUCCUUGCCACUUUUUUGAUAGCCAUAGGUCUUAGAAUAGGAGAGCUGUUGAUGGGGACAAAUUGGGAUAUUUCUGGCCUUCUGAAGUACCAGUUGUGAUGGGCUGAAGGCUUGCACUGGUUUCCAAGGAUCUAUUUACCUGUUCUGAAUUACCCUUAGGAAGAUGAAGCAGAGAACAGAUGAUGACAUUGGAAUUUGGGCAAUAUAGCUCUCUCUCUCCUUAUAUGGAACUGAGCUUCAGUCUGGAUAGGAGAUGGUCCUGUUGUUCAUGUCUUCAAAACCUAACUGCUGUCCCUUCGUUCCACUGGGAAGCAAUAAUCAGUUUUAAGAUUCUAUGUUAAUUAGACUUUUGUGUCUCAGGCUCCCACAUAAAAAAAAUAUUCAUCACUUGAAGCUAUGUAAAUGGGCCCUUCACCAAAUCUAGAGAUCAUCCAUUUCCAUCCUAUAAUGUAUGACAGUAGCUUCAGUUCCCCUCUACUGUGUGUACAGGGAAGAGUUACCCUGUCACAAGGUUUCUGUCCCAUAUAGACAGAGAAAAGAAUGGCUGCAGUAGUAUUUACCAUAAAGGGACUGAUCAUCCUUCAAAUGAAUGUUGUGAAGAACAGUGAGAAAGAACCAGUGGUGUGUUGGAGCCAGCUCAUCCUGGCUCAUAAGAGCCGAUUGUUAAUUUUUUAAAAAAAAUUUGCAAGCUUGUUGAAAGCAGAGUUGAGCCACAAUGGCUGGUGCACCAAUCAGCUGUUGGAUGGCUAGCCACACAGUGCAGUGAUGGUACUGGAGCCAGCAAUGUCAUUGAGGCCUGGAGGCAUUGGAGGAGCUUGGCAGCGUAUUUCCCAGCAGCCAUAUUCCUAGAAGUAGCAUACACCUUGAACAGGCUCCUUCCCCUUAAUACUGUAUCAGCUUGAAAGAACCUGUUGUUAUACAUUUACCAGCACACCACUGGAAAAAACCAAGUUGUCAGUAAAAAUGUCAGAUUUAAUCUUAAUGGCGAAUUAUCAGAAAUAGUUGCAUUGCAUCUAAGGUGGAAAGUAUCCCUAUGGAAUUGGUAGUUCUGUCUCUUAUUCUUAGCAAGUAGAACAGAGCUUAUCUGUAACACAUCUAGUACAUUUUCAUCUGAUUGCAACCAUGCCUUUAACCAGUCUUUGACUUGAAAGAAUUAGCAUUAAACUUUCUCAAAGCAGCAGAUUUCCUCUAGCUGCUUCAGAUGAAAUCCCUGUUAAAGCUUUAGUUACAGUGGUCAGUUGAAAAGUUGACUGCUUUUGUUCAGUUAUGGAAUAAAAGGAACAGUGGCUUUCUUUGCUAUUAUAUGUAAUAGUGAGAUAAGAGUCACACCUUUUCCCUCCAAACUAAUGAACAGUUGAUCAUUUAUGGUGAGUGAAUGACUACUAACAAUAGUAUAGAGGAUAGAUGAUUCCUCCAGCCUGGUACAUUUCACCACCCUGGCUGGGGAAUUCUGGGAGUUGCAAUCCCAACACUUUUAGAUGGCAUCAUAUUUGGGAAGGCUGGCUUUCAGGAUUCAUCUAUCAUUUAAAGCAUGCAGUCAUGAGGCCUUCAAUAGAAAAGUAUAUGUCAUCUGAACAAUGGAUGACAUAUAGCAUGCAGGAUUUCAUGAAGUUGAGCUGAUUUCAGGAUGUGCAAACUGGAAAACUUUAAUAAAAAACAUAGCAUCCUAAUUGAUGCCAAAGCUGAUGUAACAUUCCAAGGCUGGAAGAAACCAAUUCAACUUUUCCUCCCUGUAAUUAAUACCUGUUUUACAUAGUAUCUAGGGCUUAGUCCUUGUAACAAGGGAGCAAAGAUGCAAUUGGUUCUUACUGAGAAGAUUUGAAGGAAGAUCAUGAGGCUAGUUGUUUUGCUGUGCUACAUCAGUGACUUGUGAAAAUCUUUUGAAGCUUUAUGGGUACUCUGAUGGUUCCCAGGUACAAACUGUCAUCUCUAGUCUGAAUGUAUAUUAUAUUCAGUACUUAGUCCUAAUAUAUAAUCCUUAUUAUGCAACAAGAAGCUAAUAAUGAUGUUUGCAAAAUUGUCCUACUUUUCUCUCAUAAUCCUGAAGAACAUUUUUCAUACCUUCCAACAUUCAUCAGACAAAAGUAGCUCCUCUGGUUUUAUAGGAAGCACUGAAAUACUUAAUAGUUAACAAUACUAAGCAAGUGAAACGGAAUACAUUUCUUCCCUCUUGCCCUAUAGCUAGCACAUCAAAUCAAGCAAUGUUAAGAGAUUUUAAAGAUGCACUUUCUGCACUGGAUUACAAAAACAUGCUUUUUGUGUUGUACAAAUCUGCUGUACCAUAUAAAAUAUUUCAGAAUUUAAAGUGUAGCAGCAUUUCCCCCCCCCCCCAAUAUUGAUCCAUAUUGGAGCAAGAAACUCAGCAUUCCUGCAGCAUACUGAAUUUUCAAAAUGUAAGUGCUCUCCUAUAGAGUACAAAUUCAUGGAGAGUUGUGUUUAUCCAGGAACUACAAUGAUUGAAUAGGUAUCUCAGGGCAGAGGGCAGUAGCUUUCCAUUCCAUGUUGGAUGUCCAGAUAUGUUGCUAAGGUAAACUGGAUAGCUGUGUUUUGGGGAACAAAAUCUCAGGCCAGAGCAAGAUGCCUGAAGGAAUGCCUGAGACGGAAAGCACUGGGCUUCUUCUGUUAGAGCUCUUUGGCCCUGACAGUUCUGCAGCUUUCUUCUGCUAUCACCCAUGCAGAGCAGUGCCUCAUGUAGGCCCUACACGGGGAAUAGCAACAGAAUCUCUCACUUUCUGUGCACUUUCAGCAAUAAUCUUUGUGCCAUCCCUGGGGUGACUGGAAUGGGAUUGCAGGGUGGGGAAUAACAAUGUGUCACAACUGUGUUGGAAUGUAGCAUUCGCUCAGUUAAAGUGAUACACUGAAGUGGCUUGUCAGUUCUAGCGCCACAGUACCUAACAGGCACUUCUUGAAGCUAUACUGCCCUCUGCCGUAACCUGUGACUCCUGCAGCUUCCAAUAAUUUGCACCUCGAAAGGCUGCUGUGGCUUUAUUCUUCUUUUCUUUUAAUCGUCUCAAAGACAGACUCAUACACUAAAAUGUUCCAAAAUGGGAUACGUUACAAACUGAACUUGAGGGACAUAAUUGAGCAAGUCAAACCUUUAGAAGAAAUUAGUGUUGGUACUAGCAUCAGGAACAAGCUGUUUUCAUUCUGAAAUCCUGGUCUAAUUCCAAGUGAAGACAUGGACAACAGUUCUUCCCUGCUCCUGCCCUUGUGCUACCAAAUUCCCAAGCAAGCCCAAUUGACCUGAAUGACGUUUGUAUAAUGGAGUGUUUCCACUUUGAAGUUGGUGCAACAAGGCCUGCACUACACACUAAACGCCUUCUGCAUUAUUUCCAUGUAACCAAAAAGGCAAACAGAUUACUCACAUCUGUGAUCCUAAACAAAUUAAUUUCCUUUAAAUAGCUGGAACUCAUUUCCAAGUGGACAGGCUAAGAACGUGGUCUGAAAAGAAGAACAAAAAAAUAAUCCCCAUAUUCAUUCACACUAUAUGUAGGGUUCUGACGUAGUUUAGCUCAACUUUUAGUUAACUUUUAGUUUUCCCCACCAUGUCUGUCAUCCUCAACCCCCCUGCCUUGCCAAAAGUCAUUUUAAAAAGCCUCAUUCAUUCAUAUAAUGCAUCCUAUUAAUUUCAUGGUCGGAUUGUUGUUCAAACUAAUUUUUAAGUCAAUCAGUAAUUAUUUCUAGGGGUUAAUAACUAUAAUGCACAUAAUAAGAAACAUGUAUUUUUGUAUUGGGGUGGUGGCUGGUCAACUUGCUUUUUAUAAAUACUGUAUAUAAGAGUAGAUCUUUUUUAAUGUAUUUGUUGUUGCACUCACUAACUCUGUAUAGUGUACAUAUAUUAUAUUCUCAUUGAAGAAGGUCUGGAUACCAGAAGACCUAUCUGAACUACAGAGAAAACUUACUGCCAGGUGUGAAACUCAGGGUAGUAGGGGCUAUUUCUAAGCUUGGUGUCCAGUUGGAAGAGCAGUGAAGAGAGAAGACUGUGUCUGCAGUUACAAACAUUUGGCUCAAGUCGUUAUGAAUGGUCUGCAUAUUAAGCUCAAACAUGGUAGAAGUCAGCUUGAAUCUUCUAGCCGAUUUCUGAUAUUGAUAGAGAAUAACUGUUAAGAGCAACAACUUAGCUGCACUGCCUUAGGUAACUCCUGUCCAGCAGAAGCGUCAUGUGACGGAAUAUCUAGCGGGCCUUAGGAACAAGGGAGAGAAAACAGGGCCAUCACAAAAGAGACACCUCAGGCCAGGAGAGAGGGUGGGGUGGAGAAGCAUGAGAUAGAGACUCAAGUAAAUCCACCGUAAUUAUGUUAAACACUAAGUAUAAGUUGAUAUGGAGAAUUGCUUGAGUGAGCUUUCAAGAUUAAUGUCAAGCCCUGGGAAGCAGGCAAACUCAGAAAACAACCACUUGGGUUUCUGGAAAGAUCACGAUUGUUAGAAGGAUCAAAGUACAGAAUCUUGAAAGUCUGAAAAUUGCAAGGAAGGAGCAAAAGAAAUGUUGCAGCCUAAUGGCUCAGUUUGUAAGAGAACCAUUCUUGUGGCAUGCUAGGUAGUCAUCAAAGGUUACUAGUUACUUAUUAGUCCCUGUUGCCAACUGACCAUUUGUUUAACCUCUUCAGGUCGUUCUCAGUGUUAGGCAACAUUAACUGUCUUUUAUGUGUUUUAAUAUUUAUUUAUUUUCUGUAACUUAGACUGGAGCUAGAAAUCAGGUUCCAAUGCUUGUUUGCAACCAGACAAAGAUUGGUUCUUUGGGAUGUCUGCACUGUUUGUGGCCAUAAGGUCCAAUGUUAUCAGCAAAAAGAUUGGGUAGAAAUGGAAGAGAAAAAAUAAAAUAAAGGAGUACAUUAACCAAUGCAAGCAAUCACACAGAGUCUCAAGGGCUUUUUCUCCUUCCUUUUCUUUUCCAAACCCACAGAGGUUUCAGAGGGGGUAGCCUAUAUCUGCCCUUCCAGUGUGCAAACAGUAAGCAAGUUCUGCUGCCUAGCUCAACAUAGAUUAAACAUCAGUAUCUCAGUGUCUGAGUGCAUUGCACAACAUGCUUAAGCAGAUGAAUUAAAGAUUUAAUGGUGAUACCAACCCAGCAUAGCUUGGUUAGCAUUAACCUUGGGCUUUUGUUUUUUGUGACUUGAGUGUUGUGCAAACCAAGCCAGUUGGUUCAUUUAUGAUGCAACGUAUUGUGCAAAACCCUGAAAACUAGUUAAUUCGAUAGCCAGGUUGAGCAUGUUGUGUGAACACAGCUUACAUAUCAUAGGAUAUACAACACAGAAAUGUACUUCUGGAGAAAAAGGACAAAAAUCUUUCUUUGGGGCUCCUUUGCCCAAAGAAUGUGGGAUGUGUCUGCUUUCCCCAAAAGAUGAAGUAGGGCAUGGCAUCGGUCCUACUCUCUCUGUAUCCCUGUCCUUUUUGUCUCUGUGUUCCAAGUCACAAAGCAAUGGGAGAACUUGUCUGAAAGAGUCCUAUUUCUAGAACAGUUUUAAAUUAUAUGUAGAAAUUAGAUCUAUAUUUGGAAAUGAAACAAAUCUUUUAAAAUAACAAUAAAGAAAAUGUGAAACCUUUACAUGUA